CUUAAUAACCUGCACAGAUUAAUUGUUCACCACAAUACUGAAUUGUAACCAAAAUCCUAUGUUUAGUUUUGAUUUCAUUUAUACUUUUAUUGUUAAACCAUACACGCCGCACACGCGGCUCAUUUACGGAAGUUACGGUAAUGCAAACAUCACUGCCGCUAUUAGAGUUAAAGAGGCCGAACAUUUGGUGACAGCGGGACUCAAAUCUGCUCCCACUACGAGCUGAAGGUUGAAGCGUGUGCAGUAAGGAAGAGUGUUUUCAGUUAUGACGAACCCUUAUGCACACACCGUUGAGCCUCUAGACCCCCAGAAGCCGGACCACAAGUUCUUCAACCUCAGAAAGCUUAAAGACCCCAGAUAUGAGCAGCUGCCCUUCUCCAUCCGUGUGCUGCUGGAGUCUGCUGUCAGGAACUGCGAUCAGUUUCUGGUGAAGCAGGACGAUGUGGAGAAGAUCCUCAACUGGAAGGUGACGCAGAGUCAAACGGUGGAGGUGCCGUUCAGACCGGCCCGCGUCAUCCUGCAGGACUUCACGGGUGUACCUGCAGUGGUGGACUUCGCAGCCAUGCGGGAUGCGGUGAAAAAACUGCAGGGCGACCCGGAGAAGAUCAAUCCAGUGUGUCCCGCAGACCUCGUCAUCGAUCACUCCAUUCAGGUCGACUUCAACAGGAAGUCUGACAGCCUUCAGAAAAACCAAGAUCUUGAAUUUGAAAGGAACAGGGAACGCUUUGAGUUCUUAAAGUGGGGCUCUAAAGCAUUCAGGAACAUGCGGAUCAUUCCUCCGGGAUCAGGAAUCGUCCAUCAGGUCAACCUGGAGUAUUUGGCCCGGGUGGUGUUUGACCAGGACGGGUUUUAUUAUCCGGACAGUCUGGUGGGAACAGACUCUCACACCACCAUGAUUGAUGGGCUAGGAGUGCUGGGCUGGGGUGUUGGAGGUAUUGAGGCAGAAGCGGUCAUGUUGGGUCAGCCCAUCAGUAUGGUCCUGCCGGAGGUCAUCGGCUACAGACUGCUGGGGACGCCUGACAAAUACAUCACCUCCACUGACAUCGUGCUCACCGUCACCAAGCAUUUGCGGCAAGUUGGUGUGGUUGGGAAAUUUGUUGAGUUUUUCGGGCCUGGUGUUGCACAGUUGUCCAUCGCUGACCGCGCCACCAUCGCCAACAUGUGCCCGGAGUAUGGAGCCACCGCUGCCUUCUUCCCUGUAGACCAGAUCAGCAUCCAGUACCUGAAGCAGACCGGGAGGGACAUGGAGAAGCUGAGUUACAUAGAGAAGUAUCUGAAAGCGGUGGGCAUGUUCAGAGAUUACAGCAACACUGCUCAAGAUCCACAGUUUACUCAGGUUGUUGAGUUGGACCUCACUACAGUCGAGCCGUGCUGCAGCGGCCCUAAACGACCACAUGACAGAGUGUCUGUAGCAGAGAUGAAAAAGGACUUUGAAACCUGUUUGGUGGCCAAGCAAGGGUUUAAGGGUUUCCAGGUUUCUCCUGACCGAUGUGAUGUCCAAGUGCCGUUCCAGUUUAACGGAGCCGAAUACUCGCUCGCUCAUGGAUCUGUGGUGAUCGCAGCCAUCACCAGCUGCACCAACACCAGCAACCCGUCCGUCAUGCUGGGAGCAGGUCUCCUGGCCCAGAAGGCAGUUCAGGCUGGUUUGACUGUGAAGCCGUAUAUAAAGACCAGUUUGUCCCCAGGAAGUGGCGUCGUCACCUACUAUCUGAAGGAGAGUGGAGUCAUGGACUUCCUGUCACAGCUGGGUUUUGAGGUUGUAGGUUACGGCUGCAUGACCUGCAUUGGGAACAGUGGACCUCUGCCCGAGCCGGUUGUAGAGGCCAUCACUCAAGGUGAUUUGGUAGCUGCUGGAGUCCUGUCUGGAAAUAGAAACUUCGAGGGUCGCGUUCAUCCAAACACUCGGGCCAAUUAUCUGGCUUCUCCUCCGCUGGUCAUUGCGUACGCCAUCGCCGGCACAGUGAGGAUAGACUUCGAGAAACAGCCUUUAGCUGUGAACUCGGAGGGAAAAGAGGUUUACCUGCGGGAUAUCUGGCCGACGCGGGAGGAGAUCCAGGCCGUGGAGAGACAGUUCGUCAUUCCUACCAUGUUUAAGGAGGUCUAUGAGAAAGUCGAGAAAGUGAACGAACGCUGGAACUCGCUGAAAGCCCCGUCUGACAAGCUGUACACCUGGGAUCCCAAUUCUACAUACAUAAAAUCCCCACCUUUCUUUGAUGAACUGACCCGGGAGCUCCAGACACCCAAACCCAUAACAGAUGCGUAUGUGCUGCUCAAUUUGGGAGAUUCAGUGACCACAGACCACAUCUCUCCUGCUGGAAACAUCGCACGCAACAGUUCUGCUGCACGCUACCUGACUAGCCGAGGACUCACGGCGAGAGAGUUUAACUCGUAUGGUUCCCGUCGGGGCAAUGAUGCAGUGAUGGCUCGAGGAACGUUCGCCAACAUUCGCCUUUUCAACAAGUUUAUUAACAAGCAAUCACCGACUACAAUCUAUCUGCCUACAGGAGAGACGUUGGAUGUGUUUGAUGCUGCAGAAAAGUAUCAACAGGCUGGUCAUCCUCUGCUGAUUCUGGCUGGUAAAGAGUACGGUUCAGGAAGCUCCAGAGACUGGGCUGCCAAAGGGCCCUUCCUGCUGGGCAUCAAGGCAGUGCUGGCGGAGAGUUACGAGCGGAUUCACCGCAGUAAUCUAGUGGGCAUGGGUGUAAUUCCUCUGGAGUAUCUGCCGGGAGACUCAGCGGAGAGUUUGGGUCUCAGCGGACGCGAGCGCUACACUGUGAUGAUUCCCCCUCAGCUCAAGCCCAGGAUGACUGUGGACAUCAAGCUGGACACAGGGAAAACAUUUCAGGCUAGGAUGAGGUUUGACACGGAUGUGGAGCUCACUUAUUUCCAUCACGGCGGCAUCCUAAACUACAUGAUUCGCAAGAUGUCUGAAAAUUAAGAUGAGAAGUACACCUUCCUCAAGACGGUCCACGCUAAACGCACACUUCCACCAUCGGGAUGCUUGUUUUUGUCUUGUUGGGAUGUAACGAUUCACUGAACUCGAGGUUCGAUUCAUGAUUCAAUGUGAUUCGGUUUUCUUAAGUUUUUUUUUUUUUUUUUUUUUACAAAAUCAGAUUUAGGAAAUUUUAUUAGAUUAAGAAAAAAUGUGAAAUAAAAAGUGUUGCAAUUUUAAGGUAAAAAGUACAAUUCUGAGAAAAAAAGACCAUUUCUUUUGCCAUUUUCAGAUCAGACAAAUUCUGAGGUAUAAAAAGCCACAAAAAUUAAAAAGUAGUUUAGAGAAGAAUAGUCAAAUUAUAAGGAAUUAAAAGACACAAAUAACAGCAAAUAUUUAUGAUUUUGAGGUGAAAAGUCUAAUUUUGGAAUGAAAAAAAGCCACAAAUAUAAGCAAAUAGUUGCAAUUCUUAGGAGAACAGUCCAACUCUGAGACAAAAAAGCCACAAAUAACAGCAAAUAGUUGCAGUUUUGAGGAGAAAAGUCCAAUUCUAACACAAAAAAGCCACAAAUAAAAGCAAAGAGUUGCAAUUCUGUGGAGAAAAGUCCAGUUUUGGGAUGAAAAUGUCACAAAUAAAAGCAAAUAGUUGCAGUGUUUAGGGGAAAAAAGUCCAACUCUGAGACAAAAAAAAUCAAAAAUAAAAGCAAAGAGUUGCAGUUUUGAGGAGAAAAGUCCAACUCUGAGACAAAAAAGCCACAAAUAAAAGCAAAGAGUUGCAAUUCUGAAGGGAAAAGUUCAAUUCUAACACAAAAAAGCCACAAAUAAAAGCAAAUAAUUGCAGUUUUUAGGUGAAAAGUCAAAUUCUGAGAAAAAAAUGACACAAUUAGAAACAAAUGUUUGCAGUUUUGAAGGGAAAAGUUCAAUUCUGGGAAAAAAAAAAUGUCGCUAAAUGGACAUAUCCACCAUCUGGAUACUUGUAAAACAAACCUCUGUUCAUGUAAGUUACAGAAAUAAUAAAAUCUCUUCAUAUAAACAAAGUAUAUUUAAAAUUAGAGGCAACCACUGCAUUUAAAUCAUAAUCUAAACAAAAAGGCAGCAUACAUAAACAGUUUUUAAUCUAAAUUACCAUGUAUACUUUUGCAAUCUGAAGCGAAAACAUAAAGGUUUAUCUUGAUGGAAACAAGACAUGGACAGAGCAGAGAAAAUACCUGAAGGAAACCGCAGAUGCAGAUCAAAGUCCCUUUCGUGUAUUCUGUAAUCUUUGUGCAGAUAAAGCUGGAAGUGGAUUUCAAAGUGAGUCGAUUCUUCAAUGCCGGAGCUUUGAGAAUCAAUAGAUAUUUCUGUGAACAGAUUCAGUGAUUCGAUGAAUUGGUUCAAAUGACCAUAUCCGCGAUUCACUCACAAUGGCAUAUUUUCUUACAGCAUGGAGCUAUUAAUAUGACAAAACUGUUUGAAUUGUGUAAAUCUGAAUUAUUGACAAGAGUUAAUUAAUAAAAACCAAUAUUAAAUGGCAUUUAAAAUAGUUUACUUAAAUAUCGAACGUUUGAAAUGUAAGACAAGAUUAAGGCAGAUUAAUAAUAACAAUCGUCAAUAACUCAAAUGAACACAAUGCAGAUUUGGCAUAUUAUUAGCUAUUUUUAUUUAGCUAAUUACAACAGUUAAGAUUUGAUUCUUAGAGUCGAGUCUAUUGAGUCGAUUCUUAUGAUUGCUCAGGCGCAGAUUCACUCUCUGCCAGCAGAUGGCGCUUUUGAACAGCAGUUGUAGUGUUACCUUGGUUAAUGUUGUAAACAAAGUAGGGCUGCGCUAAUCUAAAAACGUAUUAACUCUUAUUUAAUAUGUAUCAGAGGCAAGGCAAACUGUAAAUAAAGUUUUCUAAUCACAUUCAGGUCAGUUCCUCUUAGAGAUUCAUUCAUGUAAACUCCUGCAGGGUUUGUUUGGAAUCAGAAUUGAAUUGAAUAGUCACAAAUGAAUCGUUUUUCAACCGGUUCGUGAAUCAUCGUUACAUCACGACCUGUAAGUGUUUCUGUUUGUCUCUUAAAAAAUCAACUAAAAUGCUGUUUGCUGUACAGUAAUAGUUGCUGUCAGCAUCAAAAUAAGCAUAAUAGUCAUAAUCCGCAGUGUUUUUAGGUUGAUGAUUUUGUUUAUGAUUGUUUUGUGGAGGUUUGGUAGGAUUGAAGGGGAAGAUUAAAAGCAUUAGAUGUUAAAAUCACUGUUUAACUUUCUCCAUUCUAGCCAAACUGCAGUACUGUACAUCCGUUUAUAAAUUAAUUGUCACAUUAAUUACUGUACUUGAAGCAAUAGUUCUGUCAAAAAAGUUUAUAUUUGCUGUUUAUUUACUUCCUCCUCAGCACAUCUAAGAGAUAAGAAUGAAUAUUUUGCUAUGAAAUGACAAAUUUUCAGAAUAAAGUAAAGGUAAUUGCAGCUUCUGACUUUAUUCGUUGCAAUUAUGAUAAUAACUAUGAUAAAAAAAAGUCUCAUAUAAAACCAGAUAGUUGCAAUUUUGAGAAGAAAAGUCCAAUUCUGAGAAUAAAAGCUAUAAUUAAAGCAAAAUAGUUGCCAUUUUGAAGGGGAAAGUAAGAUUUAAGUGAAAAUUCACAAAUAAGAGCAAAACAGUUGCAAUUUUGGGAAGAAAAGUCCAAUAUCUAAGAAAAAAAGCCAUAAAUCAAAAGUAAUAGUUGCAAUUUUGAGGAGAAAAGUAACAUUUUAAGAAAAAAGGCCACAAAUAAAAACAAAAUAGUUGCAAAUUGUGAGGAGAAAAGUCCAAUUUAUGGGAAAAUAAGCCACAAAUUAAAGCAAAUAGUUGCAAAUUUGAAGAGACAAGUAAAUUUCUAAAUAAAAAAGCCACAAUUACAACAAAAUAGUUGAAUUUUUGAAGAGAACAGUCCAAUUAUGAGACAAAAUUUUGCAAAUAAAAAAGUGCAAAUUUUGAGUAGAAACGUCAAUUUCUAAGACAAAAGCCACAAACAAAAGCAAAUUGCUUCAAUUUUGACGGGAAACCUCAAAUUUUGAGGGAAAAAUGGCACAAAUAAAAGCAAAUAGUUGCAAUUCUGAGACAAAACAAAUGUCAUAAAUAACAAGAAAUGCUCACAAUUUUGAGGAGAAAAGUGCAAUUUUGAAAAAAAAUGUCACAAAUAAAAGCAAAAUAGUUGCAAUUUUGAAGCGGAAAGUAAAUUUUUAAGAGAAAAAGCCACAAAUAAAAGCAAAAUAGCUGCAAUUUUGGGGAGAAACGUCCAAUAUCUAAGAAAAAAGCCAUAAGUUAAAACUAUAUAAUUGCAAUUUUGAGGAGAAAAGUAACAUUUUAAGAAAAAAAGUCACAAAUAAAGCCAAAUAGUUGCAAUUUUGAGAAAAAAAGUCAAAAAUGAAAAGGAAUAUUUGCAAUUUUGAGGAGAAAAGUCCAAUUCUGAGACAAAAUGUCACUAAUAAAAGCAAAUUAGUGUAAGAAAAUAGACUAGUGAAGAAUUGCUGUAAGAAAAUAGACUAGUGGUUUUGGGUGGAAAAGUCACAUUUCCCAUUAUGAAAAAAUAAGUUUAAAAGUCAAAAUUGCGAGCAACAAAGUCAGAAUAGUGAGAAAGCAUAUACUUACUACUGGAAGUCAGUCCCAAGCUUGAAAAAAGUCAACUUCUGAAUAAAAAAAAAAGGCAGUUUUGAGAACUUCUUCAACACUUCUGCCAAAAAAUUGGUCGUAAGUCUAAGGAAAAACAUUGCAAUUACAAAAUGAAUGUGUGUAAGUGAACAGCAAAUGGAUCAUUUUUUUGCAGGAUCUAUUUUUCAACUGAAUUCGAAAUACAUUCCUAUCUGUAAAUGUCCAUUCCGACUGAAAUACUGAAGUAAAUGUGUUAGUUUGCAUAAGAGAAUCCCUUUACGAGCUGUCCAAUAUGAACUUGAACAUUUAAAAGUGCCUACAUUUUCUCAUCGUUCACUUGUCAUUCCAGUUGUUAUUUUUGUUUGUGCAUUCCUGUUGAAACGUGACUUAAAAUUCAUCCAAAGUCAAUUUGCACAUGUUUUUUAUUUAUUAGCAAAAGCUUAAAAACAGUUGCUGAUGUAAAACUGUGACGUUCUUCAAUGCUGUUUCAGAUGCUUUACUAAAACUGCUGAUGCACAGAAAAGAAACACUGAAAAUGUCUACAUCUAGAAUAUGUAGUGCGUCAGAGAAAGUGUUGUUGUAAUUUAAUACUCAAGGCUUUCUUCUGUCCGAGUCCAUGUUGUUUUAAAUGACAAUAUACCUGAUUUAUUAUACAUUUUAAAGUAUAUUAUUUCAUCAUUCCACUGCAGAUCAGAGAGAAAAAUGCUUUUGAUAUUGCAUGAAAUACUCUGUACAGGCAGAACUUUGCAGUCAUUUCUCUACCAGAAUGUCAUUAUAAUAAAUUAAAGUCUUACUGAUUGUCCUUUAUUGUAAUAACAGCACAUUCAUAUCUGUAUUUUUGUUAAAACCGCCUUUAAAAUAAAUAAAUAUUUACUGAAAAUUUA